AUGACCCAGAAAGACUUGAUUAGAGGACCAAGAUCGAUUUUGCUUGUCAUCAUAGUAGCUUUGGCCUGGACGCGCUUCCUGUACUGCCAACACUGCCCCGUAAUCACACAGCAUCAACAUCAACCGUCCUCAACAACACCACACGAGAAUCCCAAUCUAGACUCGUCUGACGUAGCCAACUUACUGCCUGACAUACCAGAACUACCGGACAAGAAUGACGGUAGCUCUAGGAUACUGCACAGAUCGUGGAAGAAUGCAGACAUUCCAACUGUUAUGCAAAAGUGGACAAGAACGUGUAGUUCUCUCCAUACAUCCUGGACACACAUUCUGUGGACUGAUGCUAUGAAUAGAGCGCUAAUAGCUACUCAUUAUUCAUGGUUCUUGGAAACUUAUGACUCGUUUGAACGCAAUAUCAUGCGUGCAGAUUCUGUGCGAGUCUUUUACCUUCACAGAUAUGGAGGCGUGUACAUGGACUUGGAUUUCGAGUGCCUGAGACCGUUGGAUCCUCUGUUAAGGCUCAAACACGCCUUGCUAGGCUACCUAUCCGAAGAUUAUGAAUACGAACACAACAUACCGAAUGCUUGGAUGGCUUCUCAGCCAAAUCACGAAUUUUGGUUGUUUGCCGCACGUUUAAUGAUGUUUAACAGAUACAAUCCCGAAAUCGACAAGAACUCUGCAGAGACGAUGACUGGUCCGGUAAUGCUCUACACUGCUUAUCACAAGUGGAUGGCUCGGUAUCGAAACACAUCAGAUCCAACUCACAAAGUAGAGGUUCUUCCAUCUUCCUUGAUCUAUCCAUUUGAUUGGCACACACCGUCGCCUGCUGAAAAGUUCUGUUGGGCAAGAGCUCAAAGUUUUGAUCAAGAAGAAUGUAAAAAGGAGCUGGAUGUAGUCGGCAAAAAGUCCUAUGUCAUGACCUACUGGAGCCACAGUUGGGAGAAGCUGAAGCCGUGA